AUGUCUGACAGCGGGGAUGGAAAUGAGAGGGCGACAGACAAAGGCAAGAUGAUGUCGCCGGAGUGUCAUUUGCAUUACCACCUGUCUCAGGUCCAACCAUGGGUAAAUGGUACCACUGCCUUGUGGGUAGCUGUUGAUUCAGCAAAGGCUAGGGGAGCACACCCCAACAGAAAUCCGGUGCAGGAUGGCACUGGGAGUCGCCAGCCACAAACUUGCAUCCACGCGGCCAGAGCCAAGUGGUCGUCUCAUCCUGACAAAAGGCAACAGGGUGAUUCGGCAGCAGCUCUGGACGACGGAGCAGCCCUAUUUAGGGAGUGCACUGCUCCCCCCCGGUCCGGGGAAGGGCCUAGAAAAGGUGGCCUAUACAAAGCUUGCUUCACCUCGAUCCUGCCAGCUUGCCGCGGCUGGCUGGACAUCCACCUCUGCGGUCGAAAAAGACAUAGGUCAAGAAAAAUCUAUUUUGGUGCCUGGAAUGUGCGGACCCUUAUGGAUGCUGACCAACGUCCUGAACGCAUGACAGCUAUUGUUGGUCAUGAGCUGGCCAGGUACAACAUUGCCAUAGCCGCACUCAGUGAAACCAGAAGGGCAGACACAGGCAGCGUGAGAGAGAUGGGAGUAGGUUACACUUUCUUCUGGAGUGGCAAAAUGGAGACCGAACCACGUGUCUCUGGUGUAGGUUUUGCCAUACGGAAUGACAUAGCCUCAUGUCUCACAUCUCUUCCAAAAGGGAUCUCAGAUCGCAUAAUGACCCUUCGCCUGCCCUUGGCAAGCAAGACACAUCUGACCCUUAUCGGCGUCUACGCACCCACUAUGACUCAUUCCAUGGAGGAGAGGGAGGCUUUCUACUCGAGCCUGCGCAAAGUCAUCCGCAGUGUACCAAGCAGGGAUAAGCUAUUGCUGCUUGGUGAUUUUAACGCCCGGGUUGGCAGAAACAAGGAUGCCUGGCCUGGGGAGUUGGGCUCACAUGGAUAUGGCAGGGAGAACUCAAAUGGUCUGCUGCUGCUCAGCCUCUGUGCAGAGGAAAACUUGGUGAUCACCAACACUGUUUUCAAACACAAGGAUGCACACAAGGUCACCUGGAUGCACCCAAGAUCGAAGCAUUGGCAUUUGCUAGACUAUAUUAUUACCAGACAACAGGACCUUGGAGACAUUCUUGAUACCAGAGCACUGAGAGGCGCAGACUGUUGGACUGACCAUAUCCUCCUAAGAUGCAGAGCCCUCUUCACCAUACACAAAUCAGUAAAAAAGAAGCCAAGCUGCAUUAAAAGGAAGCUUGAUGUAUCACAACUCAAGUGCAGUAAUGUUCAAAAGACGCUGCAGGAGCAGUUGUGCGAGCAACUUCCCGCCCUGCCUGUCGACACUGACACACCUGAGCAUGCCUGGCGCAAGUUUAGGGAAGCAGUAUUCUCAGCUGCGGAAACAACCCUAAGUUUCUACAAGUGCAAACAUCAAGACUGGUUUGACCAAAACAACCAGGAUAUCCUCACUCUGAUUGAAGCAAAGCGCUCUGCUCAUGCUGCAUGGCUGAGUGACAAGAAUUCUGCUCCCAAGCACGCCCAAUUCAAGCAGCUUCGCAGGCAGGUGCAAAGCCGCACGAGGGAACUGAAGAAUGCCUGGUGGGCAGACAAAGCUGCUGAGGUACAGGAUCAUGCCAACGAAAAUCGGACCAAGGAGUUCUAUGAUGGGCUCAAAUCCAUCUUUGGCCCUGUUCAGUGCAAAACGGCUCCCAUUCGCAAUCGGGAUGGCAUGCUCCUCACUGACAAAGAGGACAUAUUGAAGCAAUGGACUCUUCACUUCAGUACCCUCCUCAACCAGACCUUAGCAGUGGCCGAUGAAGCACUGGAAGGCAUUCAGCAGCGUCCCAUCAUCCUAGAACUUGAUGCCCCACCAAAUACUGCAGAGACCGUUGCAGCCGUCAAACAGCUGCAAACAAGCAAGGUCCCUGGUCCAGAUGGAAUACCAGCUGAGGUGUUUAAAGCUGGCGGUGAAGCUCUGAUCACCCACCUGACCAGGCUGUUCCAAGUGUUCUGGGCAAACGGUAAGCUCCCUCAGGACUUCAGGGAUGCUAACAUCAUCCACUUGUACAAAAACAAGGAUGAUCGCUCGUCCUGUGAUAACCACUGCGGGAUAAGCCUACUCAGCAUUGCAGGCAAAAUACUAGCCCGCACUUUGCUGAACCGGAUCACCAAGCACAUACUGGAUGAUAUGGUGUCAGAGAGUCAAUGCGGCUUCAGACAGAUACAAGAAAAAUGUGUCGAGCAACACCAAGACCUCCACCUGCUCUUUAUUGACCUUACGAAGGCAUUCGAUACAGUGAACCGUCCUGCACUCUGGGCAAUACUUAGCAAGCUUGGUUGCCCACCUCGAUUCGUAGAGAUCAUCCGCUCCUUCCAUGAUGGCAUGCUUGGCAGGGUCAUAGAAAAUGGUGAUGCUUCUGAACCUUUUCCGGUGGCAAAUGGCGUAAAGCAAGGUUGUGUGCUUGCCCCAACUCUCUUCAGCCUUCUUUUUGCACAGAUGCUUUCUGCAGCACUCGCCCAAACUAGUGCAGGAGUCACAGUACACUAUCGUACCGAUGGCGACUUCUUCAACAUCCGUCGCCUGAAGGCUCAUAGCAAAGUGCGUCAGGCAGUUGUGCGAGACUUCCUCUUUGCAGAUGACUGCGCACUUGCAGCUCACUCUGAGGAAGAUCUCCAAGAGCUUCUGCAGCCAACCUCGAUGAUGAGGUUCUGUGCCGCAUCUCCCAAGCUAGCCGGGCAUUCGGGCGUCUUCACACACGAAUAUGGCAAGAGCGGGGCAUCUCAACCAAAACGAAGCCGAGCGUAUACAGGGCUGUGUUGGAAGGACCGUGAGCCCAAUAAGGAGAUUCUUCGGAGGGCUGGGCUCACUGGCAUUGAAGCCAUGCUGAGUCAGUCACAGCUUCGCUGGUCAGGGCAUGUCACCCGCAUGGACGACAGCAGACUUCCUAAACAGCUGUUCCAUGCUGAGCUUUCAACUGGGAAACGUCACAGAAGUGGGCAGAGGAAACGUUACAAAGAUUCUUUGAAAUCUACCCUCAAGUCCUACAACAUCCCAGUUGAUGGGUGGCAAGCCAUGGCCCUGGACCGACCGAAGUGGAGGGCAACCAUCCGUGAGGGCAAAGAGAUAUUCGAAAACUGCAGACUGCAGAGGCUGGAUGAAAAAAGACAGGCUAGAAAGACCAGAGUGCCUGAUCCCAGCACUGCAGUGUCCUGCGAUCUGUGCGCAAGAUGUAACCCAUCCCCUCAACUAGCUCGUCCACGUGCGCCUGCAUGUCGAACCAUGACGCAAUCGCUACCGAGUGUGUACACGAGCGUGGAUAUUGAAUUCAGGUGA